AUGACGCGCCCUCGGUUUUGCAUGGAUGCUAACUUGAACUCCCUCAUAGCUUCUGACGGCCCUCCCGCUGUGGCUCCAGCCUCCCCCACCAGCGACGACAUUAUGGAGUCGGUCCAGGGCGUGCCUGUGAGCGACCCUACGACUCUCUCUGUCGCGCACACACCAGCUGCCGAGGCCAAGAACAUUGUCCGCCGGAAGUUGACUGGCUACGUCGGUUUCGCUAACCUCCCGAACCAAUGGCACCGUAAGAGUGUGCGCAAGGGCUUCAACUUCAACGUUAUGGUUGUUGGCGAGUCUGGCCUGGGCAAAUCCACUCUGGUCAACACCCUCUUCAACACCUCCCUGUACCCUCCCAAGGAGCGCAAGGGCCCUAGCCUCGACAUUAUUCCCAAGACCGUUACCAUCCAGUCCAUCAGCGCCGACAUCGAGGAGGCUGGCGUUCGUCUCCGCCUCACUGUCGUCGACACUCCUGGAUUCGGUGACUUUGUGAACAACGAUGAAUCAUGGCGCCCCAUUGUCGACAACAUCGAGCAGCGCUUUGACGCUUACCUCGAUGCCGAGAACAAGGUGAACCGCAUGAACAUCAUCGACAACCGCAUUCACGCCUGUGUGUUCUUCAUUCAGCCCACUGGCCACUCGCUCAAGCCCCUUGACAUUGAGGUCAUGCGCCGCCUGCACACCAAGGUCAACCUGAUCCCCGUCAUUGCCAAGUCGGAUACCCUUACAGAUGAAGAGAUUGCGAGCUUCAAGGCGAGGAUUCUCUCUGACAUCAAGUACCAUGGCAUCCAGAUCUUCGAGGGUCCCCGAUACGAGCUGGACGACGAGGAGACCAUCGCUGAGAAUAACGAGAUCAUGUCCAAGGUUCCCUUUGCUGUUGUUGGUGCUACCAACGAGCUGCAGACUCCGGACGGCCGCAAGAUUCGCGGCCGUGAGUACCCAUGGGGUAUUAUUGAAGUCGACAACGAGGAACACUGCGACUUCGUCAAGCUACGCCAGAUGCUCAUCCGCACCCACAUGGAGGAGCUCAAGGAGCACACAAACAACCUCCUGUACGAGAACUACCGUACCGACAAACUGAUCGCUAUGGGUGUCUCCCAGGACCCCAGUGUGUUCAAGGAAGUCAACCCUGCCGUCAAGCAGGAGGAGGAGCGCGCCCUGCACGAGCAGAAGCUCGCCAAGAUGGAGGCCGAGAUGAAGAUGGUAUUCCAGCAAAAGGUCGCCGAGAAGGAGAGCAAGCUCAAGCAAUCGGAGGAGGAGCUGUAUGCUCGCCACCGCGAGAUGAAGGAACAGCUCGAGCGCCAGCGCCUGGAGCUCGAAGACAAGAAGCAGCGCAUCGAGAGCGGUCGACCAUUGGAGAAGGAGGGCAAGCGCAAGGGCUUCUCCUUGCGAUAA